AUGUGCUCCCGCCAGGACAAGGACCAGUGCCACAGGCAGGAGCGCUACACCUGCCAGAGCAGCGGAGACUGCCACGGGAGCAGCGGUGGCUGUCACAGCAGCGGUGGCAGUGGCUGUCAUAGCUCCGGCAGUGGCAGCAGCUGUCACAGCUCCGGCAGUGGCAGCGGCUGUCACAGCUCCGGCAGCACUGGUGGCUGCCACAGCUCCGGUGGCAGCGGUGGCUGUCACAGCUCUGGCAGCAGUGGCAGCUGCCACAGCAGCAGUGGCUCCAGCUGCCAUGAGAAGCCACAGGUCCAGUGCCAGCAGCAGCAGCAGCAGCAGGUCCACCAGCUGCCCUCGCAGAAGCUGAAGUGAUGGGGUGGCCCGCACACCCCGGCUCCAGCAGCAAAGGCCACACAUGGACCAGCUCCCUCCGGCCUCCCCAAAGCUUUGCAAGCCCCAGGAGCUGCCUGGCUGCAAACCCUCUCCUCUGCCCUCCAGGACCAUCGGUCCCUGGGGAAGGGGCAUCACUUGUGGUUCCCUGCUGCCUCCGCCGGAUGCACCAGGCUGUGCUUUGCCCCCAUGAGGGGCCCAUGAGACAAUAAAGCAUUAAGUUCCCAAGA